UCUUAAAGAUGUUUCAAGGCCCCCUCCACUCAGAAAAAGUUGGCUCUCAUGGGAGCACAUGAAGAGGACUCUGUGCUGCUGCAGACAUUGACGAGGUCAGCAGUUCUUCACCAGGAACAUGGAGAAGAUGUCACGGGUCACCACAGCUCUUGGCAGCAGUUCCAUCAGUGGCCGAACUAUGUUCUGCCACCUGGACGCUCCUGCCAAUGCCAUCAGCGUGUGCCGUGACGCCACGCAGGUGGUGGUGGCCGGCCGCAACAUCUUCAAGAUCUAUGCAUUGGAAGAGGAGCAGUUUGUGGAGAAGCUGAAUCUCCGUGUUGGCCGUAAACCCUCUCUCAACUUCAGCUGCGCAGAUGUCAUGUGGCACCAGAUGGAGGAGAACCUGCUGGCAACUGCUGCCACCAAUGGGGCGGUGGUCACCUGGAACCUGGGAAAGCCCUCUCGUAACAAGCAGGACCAGCUGUUUACUGAGCACAAACGAACCGUCAACAAGGUGUGCUUCCACCCCACAGAGGUUUACAUGCUGCUAAGUGGCUCACAGGAUGGCUUCAUGAAGUGCUUUGACCUGCGCAAGAAGGAGUCUGUCAGCACUUUUUCAGGUCAGUCAGAGAGUGUAAGGGACGUCCAGUUCAGCAUGAAGGAUUAUUUCACAUUUGCUGCAUCCUUUGAGAAUGGCAAUGUCCAGCUGUGGGACAUCAGACGACCAGACCGCUAUGAGAGGAUGUUCACUGCCCACACUGGGCCUGUAUUCUGCUGCGACUGGCACCCUGAUGACAGAGGAUGGUUGGCCACAGGAGGCCGCGAUAAGAUGGUGAAGGUGUGGGACAUGACAACAAACCGAGCCAAGGAGAUCUACUGUGUCCAGACCAUCGCCUCAGUUGCACGAGUAAAGUGGCGUCCAGAGAGGAAGUUCCAUUUGGCCACUUGCUCCAUGAUGGUGGAUCACAACAUCUAUGUGUGGGACGUCCGAAGACCUUUCAUUCCCUUCGCGACCUUUGAGGAACACAAAGAUGUGACCACCGGUAUUGUGUGGCGCCAUCAGCACGACCCUCAUUUUCUGCUUUCUGGUUCUAAAGACAGUACACUCUACCAGCAUAUGUUUAAGGAUGCCACUCGUCCCGUGGACAAGGCCAACCCCGAGGGUCUGUGCUUCGGACUGUUUGGCGACCUGGCCUUUGCAGCCAAGGAGAGUCUGAUCAGCAGUGACGUUAACAGAAAGCCUUAUCCUGGAGGCGACCGCCGCUACCCCAUCUUUUUCUUCAAGAAGCCCGAUCCGACAGAACAGUUUGCCCACGUGUCCAGUGCUCUCAGUGUCUUUGAGACAGACUUGGACAGUAACCGCAUGGACUGGUUCGUCAAGACAGCACAACUCUACCUCCUCAGCGGGAAGCCGUUUGCUGAGCUGUGUGAUCACAAUGCCAAGGUGGCACGUGAGCUCAAAAGACCUCAGGUUUCCACAACAUGGACCAUGCUGAGAAUCAUGUUCUCUGACCCAGCAAACCUCACGACACCCGGUCCUAACCACAACCUCAGUAAACUGGGUACUCUGCCUCUAAUGAACAGUUUCAGUAUGAAGGAAAUGGGCUCAGGGAUGGGCACAGAAAGCAGACUGGAGCGCAGUAAAGGUGAGAGCAGGCAGGAUAACAUCCACCUGGAGCCCGGGAACUCACACAUCAGCAAUAAUAAUGAAGAAAACGAGGAGACAGAGGGUAGUGAGGGACAGGCUGAGUAUAUGUUUGGCGAUGCAGAGUUAGAUGACGACGACCUCUACUCAAUGGAACACGAAAACCAAACAGAGGAGCAAGAGUACACGCUGCCCCAGGAGGCCUUCCAGCUGCGCCACGAGAUCAUGGAUAACCCAUCUGCUCCUGAGCACCUUCAGCAGGACAAGGCCGACUCCCCGCAUGUCAGCGGCAACGAGGCGGAAGUCACCUGCCUGACGCCCAUCGAGUCCUUCUCGCUCAUCUCCAUUUCCCAGCCGCUGUUCACCCCUCAUCUCCCCGCCAGCUUCUUUUGCCCCAUCGUGCGGGAGAUGCUGAGCUACUACGCCGAGCAGGGAGACGUACAGAUGGCCGUGUCUGUGCUCAUUGUCUUGGGGGACCGGAUCCGUAAAGAGAUUGAUGACCUCACUCAGGAGCACUGGUACAUGUCCUACAUAGACCUGCUGCAGCGAUUUGAGCUGUGGAACGUGUCCAACGAGGUCAUCAAGUUGAGUACGUGCAGCGCCAUCACCUGCCUGAAUCAGACGUCUACCACACUGCACAUCAACUGCAGCAAUUGCAAACGGCCAAUGAACAACAGGGGCUGGAUUUGUGACAGGUGCCACCAGUGUGCCAGUGUGUGUGCAGUGUGCCAUCACGUGGUAAAGGGACUGUUUGUGUGGUGUCAGGGCUGCAGCCAUGGCGGACAUCUGGAGCACAUAAUGAACUGGCUCAAGAGCAGCGCCCACUGCCCUGCCGGCUGCGGUCACCUGUGUGAAUACACCUGAGCCCAUCACAACCACUGUUCACACAGCUGCUCCUCUGCAGGGCCGGGAAUCAGUCGUCACGCCAGCCUGGAUCUCACACAUACAUAUCCAGACAAAUGAGCUGUCUUGAUCUCUCAGCUUGGGCUCGGAGGCUUUUGUCACAAUGGAAAGAAGAAGGAAACCUGUGUGUGUUUGUGCGUGCGCGCCAGAUGUGGGAUCAGUUCAAGAGGAAGAGGUUUAUAUGUGCUCUCCUGGACAGCCAUUCAAGAGCAAACACAAUCACAUAUUGGUGAAUUUGUACAUAAGCAGAUGAUCUGAAUUAAAAGUAUAUAACAAUAUUUUUUGUGAAGUCACACUUGCUGCUUUUUACAUGUUUUGAAAGCCCUCAGUGAAACCCUGAAGGUUGUACAAGAAGAACUGCUCAUCUUAAGUGGCUUGUUAAUGUUUGUACAUAACAAGGACUGUAGAUAAUGUUGAAAUAAUUUAUAUGGUUUGUAGCUCUCUGUUGAAGCAAAACAAUUAAAGCAAUACACAUU